AUGGAAGGAGAUCUUGCCCGAAGUUCUUUGGGCAUAUCGCACAGCCUCGAAGUCAGUGUCGAGGCUACCCCAUUCUCAUUGGUUUAUGGUGUCGAAGCUCUAAUACGGGUCAAAGUCGGGGAGCCAAGUAUCAGAUUCUGGUAUACAAUAGAGGAAUCAAAUUAUGAGGCAUUGAAUACGAUCCUGGAGCUAUUGGAUGAAAGGCAUGAAGUCGCCCUUAUUCGAUUGGCCACCCAAAAGCAACGGAUCGAGAGGUAUUACAAUCGAAGGGCCAUCCUUCGAUACUUCAACGUUGGGGACUUGGUACUAAGGAAGGUCACACUAAAUCCCCGGAAUCCGAAUGAAGGGAAGUUGGGUCCGAACUGGGUAGGACCGUACAAGAUUCUUGAGGUCACCGGGAAAGGAUCCUAUAAGCUCGAAAUGAUGAAUGGAGAACAACCAAUUGUAAAUGAUGCCAUGAAGAGAGUUGAAUUCAAUUCAAGUGGAAUUGUGCAAAAAAAGUUAAGAAAGUGCAAAUUCCUUCAAUGA